GUGACACGUGUGACCCUCCCGACUCAAAUGUUGAUGUGUGAGCUCAGAUUCUUUGUCUGCACGCUCAAUUAGCAGAUUUCUUCACUUCAGCAAUGAGGAAGCGUUUGAUCCAAAUAUUUGGUUUCUUGAUCUCUUCCUUGGGAUGGCUGUUCGUCCUGUGCACCAUGGCAAUGGAUUACUGGAGAAUCACCCAGAUAGGAGGACAAGGUGGUUCCUUUAUUAUCAAGGUGGCCUGGUACUGGUCCAACCUGUGGAAGGACUGUUUCACCGAUUCCACUGCCGUCACCAACUGUAGAGAUUAUUCUGUCCUCUGGAAUGUCAGCUAUUAUGUCCAGGCAGUGAGGGGGUUGAUGAUGUGUGGCUUGACACUCGCAUUCUUCGCAGUCGUUUGCUGCUUCGUUGGGAUGGAGUGCACUUAUAUCGGAGGAACAGAACCAACCAAAGACAAACUGGUCUUUUCAGGAGCUGUUUUCCAUUUUGUUGGUGGUGUGUCAUGUCUUGCUGCCUACUGCUUAUACAUCAACAGAGUCGCCAGAACAGCUUUUGCCUCCAACUUACCAAGGGGAGAAUUAAGAUAUGAUCUAGGACCGCCCAUAUUUCUGGGUUUGGUGGGAUGUUUUUUAAUCUUUUUCGGGGCUGUGCUGUAUGUUGUAACAGUCAUCGGAGUAAUCUUCCCCAACAGAAGAGUGAUACAGGUUUAUGGUCGACCAACAUACAUGCCUCCAGCCUACAGAGGAAGAAGCAUGUACACUGGGUACUACGAACCCUCCAGACUGUAUGGGUCUUACGUCUCAGGGAGAACAAGCAGCAAGGUCUCUAAGCUGUCACAACCUUCACCAAGACUGUCAGAAAGAGAUGCUUUUGUGUAGUGAUAAUGCCUCUGCAAGUCUUGCAAAGUUCUUCAAUGUGGUUCUAAAUAAGUGUAUGAUGUUUCAUUAAACUGAAUAGAAUGUUUAUAUAUCAUUUUCAAUUGAUUGCUUUGUUUUCCUUUUGAAAUGAACAGUGAUAAAUACUCUUAUGGUUACUUUUAUCAAUUAGCCACAGAUAUGUUAGGUAAUUAAGUGUAUAUGCUGUAUAUAUGGUAAGGCUCAGCCCUGAUUAUCACCUUUUUUAAACAAUGUAAUGUCAACUAAUUUAGUUGAUUUUCCAGUAUGUAAAGACAAAGAAAUUGCUGAGCCAAAAAUGAAACUGUCUAUUUACACCCUAUUUUUGACCCCCAAGUUAGAUGAUAGACAGACAGAAAGACAGACAGACAGGACGGAAGGAUGAGUGGAUGGACAGACUUACAUACACACUUCAUAAAAUUUGGUGAAACGUCCUGCAUGAGCUCAGGAACACCUCUAAAUCGAUCUGCAAACUGAUGCAACUACUCUGCAAAAGUGCAAAAAGUACAGGUUUAAUAUUAACCUUAGCAAUAUUUCAGCUUAAUGUUGUUUUCUUUUUUCUAUCAUGAUCAUAGCAAACCAAAAUAUAUCACAUAACCUGACUAUUUAUUACACUUUUUCUUAAAAAAAAAUUUAAAAAGACAAAUAAUAAAAUUCAUCUUAUUCAAAGCGCCUUUCGACACAUACGAGGGCACUACAAUACGAAGGAAAUGAGCAACAAAGCACAAUAUUAAAAAGAGGACAGGGCAGUUAGUGGAAGUAUGCAGUCAAAUGUAAAGAUUAAGUUAAUCACCAUGAUGUCAAAUCAGAUAUUGACCAAAAAACUGUGUUAAGAGAUAAACAAAAAUAUAGACUUUUAGUGUCUCAGAAACGUUUUGUCAAACAUCAAAGGAAGAUAUUUUAACUCAACAAA